ACGUAACUGUGGCACUUCUUGUUUCCUUACUCAGUUCUGGGAUUCAUGAACAAUAUUUAAGUUGCACGUUGAGCGCUAGGACUUAUAUAUCGAGCAAAUCACUGCAAGGCACGGGUUGCCAUCUUUCUCUUUCUGUUCGAACAAACAAACUACCAUCUGCAAGCAGUAACACCAUUCCUUUACUUAUGCCUCGACGUGCCCCUCCAACUGCUCUUCGCCUGGUGCCUGGGCCAGCACCCCCACGAAAUGCACCCAAGCAUACACUCCCGGCAGUGCCGCGACCGACUUUUUACCCGCCUCAUUCAGUCGGCAGGGGACCCAGCCCGCCAGCAAGUGGCCUGCCUGUGGCAUUGGCAUCAAAUUACUCAAAUUCAAGGCCGUCGAAUGUAGCACGGCGGUCAGAAUCUGUCAAAGUCCGGCGGGGCCCUUGGGAUCACUCGGGAAGUGUUCGUGUCCCCGUUGACGUAGAUCAUCUGUUACCCCUACCGAAACCAGUCGCAAUAGGCGCCAGCAGGCAAUAGAAUAUUAUAUUAUAUAUAUUUUGGAUGUUUUUGCACAUUCUUCGGUUCCCAUAUUUAGU